UCGACGACAGGAGGAAUCAAGUAGUGUCUCUCGGACACGUCGAUUCGAGGCCUCGGGCCUGCGAGAAUUUUUAAUUGCUCCGAAGUUCCUAUGUCAUUCUGAUAUGGAUACAAUCGCAAGCGGAGAUUCGAUGGGAGGAUCUGGAGAUCAGAUGCAGGUCAUGGAUUUCUUAUCGCGGAGAGUACCCAUCGAGACCCGGCCGGAAGACAAAGAUCACCUCAGAGGAGCCCUCGACUCGUUCGGACGAUGUUCGGAAGACGAUCAGGUCGCUUUCGUGGAAAAACUCCUCUCCCUCAUGGGGCAUGAUCAGCACUCUCGAGUGUGCUCUACCCUUAUGCCAAUGUUGCAACGAGACUUCAUCUCGUUAUUACCCAAGAAAGGCCUCGAUCAUCUAGCCGAGGGCAUCCUAUCGUACCUCGACGCGAAGUCUCUGGCUAACGCCCAGUGCGUGUCGCGCGAGUGGUAUCGUGUGAUCGCCGCCGGCAUGCUCUGGAAGAAACUCAUAGAAAGACAAGUCCGGUCGGAUCCUCAAUGGCGCGGUCUGGCCGAGCGGAGAGGCUGGAUCAAAUACCUGUUCAAGCAUAGUCACGGCAAUCAACACCAGAACCAUCUGUUUUAUCGAAAACUCUACCCGACGGUCGUUGCCGACAUUAACGCCAUCGAAGAAAAUUGGAAAAACGGUACGCCCAACCUGCAGAAAAUCAACUGUCACAGCGAGAACUCGAAAGGAGUCUACUGUUUGCAAUACGAUGACACGAAGAUCGUGUCGGGACUCAGAGACAAUACGGUGAAAAUUUGGGAUAGGAGAACGCUAACGAGUACUCACGUCCUCCGGGGUCACGCUGGUAGUGUCCUCUGUCUACAGUACGAUGAUCAAGUCAUAAUCUCAGGUUCAUCAGACUCGACCGUAAAAAUCUGGGACGUGAAAACCGGCGAUCUCGUCAACAACCUUCUCCACCACUGCGAGGCUGUCCUUCAUCUGCGUUUUACAAACGGCAUGAUGGUUACGUGCAGUAAGGACCGCUCGAUCGCAGUGUGGGAUCUCGCAUCUCCCACCGAGAUCAACCUGCGAAGGGUUCUUGUCGGUCAUCGUGCCGCCGUAAACGUUGUGGACUUCGAUGAGCGCUAUAUUGUGUCCGCUUCUGGUGACCGGACUAUCAAAGUGUGGAACACCUCCACUUGUGAGUUCCUUCGAACCCUCAACGGUCACCGUCGAGGGAUAGCUUGCCUCCAAUACCGCGACCGUCUUGUUGUGAGUGGGUCUUCGGACAACACCAUCAGAUUGUGGGACAUCGAGUACGGGACGUGUCUCAGAACACUGGAAGGCCACGAGGAGCUGGUCCGAUGCAUUCGUUUCGAUUCAAAACGAAUAGUUUCCGGCGCGUACGACGGCAAGAUAAAAGUUUGGGACCUCAACGCCGCCCUGGAUCAACGGUCGCCCGCCAAUCAGCUGUGUAUACGUACUCUCGUCGAGCAUACCGGUCGGGUGUUCCGACUCCAGUUCGAUGAGUUCCAGAUCGUUUCAUCCUCUCACGACGACACAAUCGUCAUCUGGGACUUCUUAAACGUCGAAGCCCCCACAACUUCGGGAGUAGCAAACUCAUCCGAUAAUGAGAGCAAUCCAGAGUCCCCGAGAAUGCGAACCGCGUUAGGUUCGAUCGACGCUUAGUUUUUGUUUUAUGAAGACAUUAUGAAGAACACUGUUUGAAGCAUGAUGAUGAUUGUAAGAUCCCAAGCUUAACUCCGGAAGCGAAGCCACGUGUCAACCGCAGCAGCUGCAUCAUUAUUAUUGAUCGCAGCGGGGAGUAGUUAGAGAAUUAUUGGAGAAGAAUUUAUCAUUCAGACAAAUCCGGUGCGGGAAGAGCCGUGGUAAUCGUUUCUCGAUCUCGAAACCUUUCGAGCCGAAUGUCCAGCUAUCAAUCCAGCCGCCGUUCGCCACUCCAUGUCGCGCCACUCCGAAAUGAUACAUCAAAUAGUGCAAGCUGAUCUCCUGCUCCGUCGGCCGGCCUGGAAGAGGCCGGCGCGAUCGGAUAUCUUGACCUGCGGGGCGAAAACCUAAAGAAAGUAUCGGGAUAUGUGUUGCACACACAGACAUUUGCGAUCGACCAGAAGUAAAUUCGACAAGAGCUGCUCGCCGACCUUGCCUCGGCUGCUUUAUUGAUUCGUAGGGAGGAAAAGCCGAAAUGAGCCCGGAUGAGGCCAAGAGGGACUCGCUGCAGCAGCAAGAGCGACGAUGGAGAUGUUCCACAGCGUUUUGAAGGACGGGAAGUAUAGCGGGUUUAAAAAAGGAUCGAGGAAGAAUGGAAUGGGGAGAUGACUUCAUAUGUGAUACUAUACUUUGUACGGGACAAGAGAUAGGGCGUCGUCGGCUGAAACACAUCUCCUCG